GUUGACGCGCUGCUGUGUAAGCCUCCUACCGGCAAGGUGUGCGGACGCGGGUGCAAGAAAAUCCGCGCGCAGAUGUGCAGCAGCUCCACGCCGUGCAAGAACAAGAUGUGUCGCAUCUGGCACGACGUCGAGGCGCACACCGACCGCUGCCAGAACCCGCAAUGCGAGUUUAAAAACCGGAUCUUACUUCGUGAGACGAUGCACAAACUGGACAUGAAGGAGCAGCAGAUCGCGGCGGUCAAGACGGAGCUGGAAGGCAAACAGUCCGAGCUGAAGAAGGCUUCGGACGGCGACAAGGAAAAGCUGGAGAAUGAGAUCGCAAGCUUGGAGCAGGAUCUGGAAGAAUGCGGUAGCGAGCUUGGUGUGCUGAAUUCGACCAAGAAGACGUUCUGGGAGAACCUCAAUGAGAUUGGAAUCGAGGUGAGCGAUGAUGUCGUUGAUAACUUCCCCGACUUCGCUACGCACUACGAGGAGAAGAAAGCGCCGCGUAAGGCGCGCAAGGCUACCGCUACGGUGCCUACUUCGCAGCUCUCUUCUGCCUCGAGUCGUAACUCACGUGCCGCUGCACGGCGCACGAGUUCUGGACCCCAUGGAGAUGGUGCUGGAGAUGAUGAUGACCAAGAUGAUGCUGAUGCCGAAAGCGUGGAUGAUAGUAUCCCGCGGCGUACAGCACGUAGGAGCACGUCAAGCGGACGUCACAGCGCGCUGUCACAGAAUGACAGCGAUGAAGAAACGAAGGGUGGAGAUGAGGAGACGAAGGAAGGGGGUGCAGACACGUACCAAAGUGUCCAGGCGAUUCCACGGCCUGACGAGCCCCCACUUCCGCCUGCUGGCCCUCCUCCGUUCCGACAAAAUCCCGAGUUGGACCGGGCGUAUGCCGCAGGUGCUGCGGGCUAUUCAAUUCACCCACCGGCAGAUGAUCUUGAGGCUCCGGCAGUCGCUAUGGACCUCGAGCCUCCGGUCGCUAUGGAACAAGAGGCGCCGGCAAUUGCCAUGCAACAAGAGACCCCAACGCUCGCUAUGGAACAAGUUUCACCAGCAGUCGCUAUGCAACAAGAGACUCCAGCCCUUGCUAUGGAUCACGAGCCAACGAAGCAAGCGGAGGCCAUGGGGACCAACGAAGUAUCUGAGCUCCAGCAAUUGGCUGAUGCGCAACAAGCGAGUGACGAGAUCUCGGGAAUAAUGGCGGGAUUCAGUGCCAAUCCGCCCCCAGUCGACCCGGUCAACACGACUGGCUUCACCAUUCGUGGCAACCAGCCACAAAAUCCGUAAACGCGCACAGUGAUGCCGAGCCCACUCUGAUAGCGAUGUCAGGUGCGCAUGCAGAGUGAAGUACUGGAUGGCUGUGCAUCUGAAAGCACAGCAUAACACCGACUCCAACGUUUAUAUUUUGUGUGCCAACCAACAUGGAGGGCGAGGUCAACCGUACACAGCAAAGACAAACAACAUCACGAGUUCGCUCAA